AUGCCUCACUCGCCCUACACUACCACCGUCCAUCCGCCCAUGAGGGACGGGGACCUUCUUCAGUACGAGGCGGAUCUCCAUGCUCACCGACAACGCCUCGAAAAUGGGGAAUCGGACAAAGUGGCCGAGGAAGGCCUGCUGGAGAACAGUGAGGUUCUUCUCGAGCAUUGUCGAUUCUUGGACGACAAGUUGAUCAUCAGGAAACGAAUUCCUAUUGACGCCGGGGUUAUCCCCUCGACACAGAGUCGGACGAUCCGUCGUCUCGAAACGACAGUCGACGACGUGACCACGGAGUGCAGAGACCUACGAGAUAGAGUGCAGGCACAAGAUGCAGAAAUUCAAGACUUGAGAACUCAACUGGAGGCAGCCAGGCGUGCAGCGGAUCUCAAAAAGAUGGAGGCGGAAGAGGACGCUGCCUGGAGCAAGAUCAUAGACGAUGCCUUGGCCGAAAAGACUGAAGAGUGA